GGAUAGUGAAGGGUCCCACACUCCUGGAGUGGAGGGUCUGUGUCAAGAGCGGCAGGGGCUGCUUGGAGAGGCGUCGGUGGAGCCCCUGCUGUGUGCUGGACUCAGCUUGAGCUCGCUUGCACACCCCACCCCUGGAGGGGGCUCUCAGGCUGCAGAGCAGAGGAAUCUGAGACCUGACUAAAGUGGCUACGACAGGCUCAGAAACAUGGGACCAUGAAAGGCUGAGGCAUAAACGUUUAACUACAGCUUGACUGACAGACUGGCGCUGCCUUCCCCAUAAUGGCAGAGAUGGUGGCCGAGGCGGCUGAGAUACCAACACAAGCACCAGGAGCGGUGGAAAUUUCAACCGCCGUGUCAGGAGAGCUGGCGGAGAUGGCAACAGCAGUGACUGAGAUGACCUCUGGGGAGGCCCUUGCCUCAUCCCUCUUCUUCCAACACCACCAGUUCAUGUGCUCGGAGUGUGGCAGCCUCUACAACACCCUGGAGGAGGUCCUCUCCCACCAGGAACAACACCUGCUCCCCAUGUCAGAGGAGGAGACGCUGACCACCCAGGACACAGGCCUGGAGCCCGAGCUAGUGCCUAGCACCGGGGAGGGACCUUUCCAGUGUGGUGAAUGUAGCCAGCUCAUCCUCUCUCCCGGCGAGCUCCUAGCCCACCAGGAUGCCCACCUGCAGGAGUCUGCAAGCCAGAUCCAGUACCAGUGUGGAGACUGCCAGGAGCUCUUCCCGUCACCUGAGCUGUGGGUAGCUCAUCGCAAGACUCAGCACCUUUCCAGUGCAGCAGAUGAGCCACCACCUCCUUUGCCUCCCCCGACACCCCCACCUCCACCACCGGAAGUCAAGAUGGAGCCCUACGAGUGCCCAGAGUGUUCCACCCUUUGUGCCACCCCUGAGGAGUUCUUGGAGCAUCAGGGCACCCACUUUGACUCCCUGGAGAAAGAAGAGCGCAAUGGGUUAGAAGAAGAGGAGGAAGAGGAGGAGGAGGAGGAGGAGGAGGAGGAAGAGGAGGGCGAGGAGGAAGAUGAUGAUGAAGAGACCGAUGAGGACGAAGCAUCCACAGAGCUCACUGCUGAUGACACAGGAGGUGACAAGUCCACGGCUGACCCGGCUCAGAGCUGUGGGGACUGUUCCCAGCACUGUACCUCUUCAGGGGCACACCGCAAACACCGAAGGGCAUCUCGUGGCCCAGCAUCAGCCACGCACGCCUUCCACUGCAGCCAGUGUCAGCGCAGCUUCAGCUCAGCUAACCGGCUGGUAGCCCACAGCCGGGCCCACGUGGGCGGGACCCAUGAGUGUACCACCUGCUCCAAGGUCUUCAAGAAGGCGGCCUCUCUGGAGCAGCACCAGCGGCUGCACCGUGGGGAAGCCCGCUAUCUCUGUGUGGACUGUGGCCGUGGCUUUGGCACCGAGCUCACACUGGUGGCCCAUCGGCGGGCCCAUACUGCCAACCCACUGCACCGCUGUCGCUGUGGCAAGACCUUCAGCAACAUGACCAAGUUCCUCUAUCACCGACGAACUCACACAGGGAAAAGCGGAACCCCCACCAGGGUGGCCACUGUCUCCCCAGCUCCAGCUGAGCCCACCCCCCCGCCCCCACCCCCACCCGCCCAGCUGCCCUGCCCACAGUGCCCCAAGUCCUUUGCUUCAGCCUCCAGGCUCUCCAGGCACCGGCGCGCAGUGCACGGCCCCCCUGAACGCCGGCACAGGUGUGGGGUCUGUGGCAAGGGCUUCAAGAAGCUCGUUCAUGUGCGCAACCACCUGCGGACACACACGGGCGAGAGGCCCUUCCAGUGUCACUCCUGCGGCAAGACCUUUGCUUCUCUAGCCAACCUCAGCCGCCACCAGCUGACCCACACAGGAGUGCGCCCCUACCAAUGCCUGGACUGUGGCAAGCGCUUUACACAGAGCUCCAACCUGCAGCAGCACCGGCGGCUACACCUUCGGCCUGUGGCCUUUGCACGCGCCCCUCGCCUUCCCAUCACUGGUCUCUACAACAAGAGCCCCUACUACUGUGGGACCUGCGGCCGCUGGUUCCGCGCCAUGGCAGGCCUUCGGCUGCAUCAGAGGGUCCAUGCCCGAGCCAGGAGUUUGACACUACAGCCUCCCAGGUCACCGUCUCCAGUCCCACCCCCAGCCCCUGAACCCCAGCAGACUAUCAUGUGCACAGAGCUGGGGGAGACCAUCGCCAUCAUUGAGACCUCCCAGCCACUGGCACUGGAGGACACGCUGCAGCUCUGCCAGGCGGCACUGGGGGCCAGCGAAGCCAGCGGACUGCUGCAGUUGGACACGGCCUUCGUGUGACGAGGCACAAGAGCAGUGCUAAAGAGGGUUUGCUUACAAGCUCGGGUCUAGGCACCUCAGGGGAGCAGAGGACCCCUCCUGGCAAGCUGGUCUGGCACCCACAUGUCAGGGUCCACCCUGCUGGCCUCUUCUAACUGCUGACUCCUCAGGGUUUCUCCUGUCACCUUUCCCUGCCCAAGGUGAAACUGAAGCUCUGACAGUGAUGUCGUCUGUCUCAGCCCCUACCACUGUGUUGCAGAGUGGGGUUUGCCAAGGCUCUUUGUACGGCAGCAUCUGGUGCUCAGCAACAUCAGGUAACCUUUAUUGAGCACCAACCACAUGCCAGGCCUGUGCCAGACAUUCCCAUGUACCUCUAAAGAUCUUCUGCUUCUAACUCCCCACCCCAACCCCCACCAUCCCAGGACUUGGGGUGUUUGGGACUUAGCUCUACCUGGUAUAGGAAGGCACUUAGUUUCACGGGGCUUGCUUCAUUUCAGUUUUGACAGUGGGAAAAGAAAUCUGUAGGUGACCGCAGUACUCAGCUCAGCCUGGGUGACAUUGAAGACCCAGGAAUGAACCAGUCACAGCUCUGCACUGAGGCAUGCUCAGCCCAGCAGAGGCAACUGACUCAAGUACAGCCAGUUAUCCAGACAGUGCUGCCUGUGCCUCGCUCAGCCUGUGUGCCCAGGGCUUCCCUCACACACCGUGGUGCUGCAGGCUAAUGCAGUCAGGUCUAAGGAUUCCUGGGCUGAGGUGGGGAUGUGCAGGGACAGUGGAACUGGGAAGAGACUUCCUAGUGGCAACAGUUCUUGAAGUAAAAGUAGGAAUCUGGCAGCACAAGAGGAAACUAACCUCUCAGGCAGGCCAUCCAGUUACAACUGCAGUACACAGUAUCAGGCAGAACACGUAAUGUCCCUCAGGCCUGAGAUGGUCCUGUGUACUGUCCUGGCUGUACAAGUAGGGACAGCACUGAGAAUGCCCAGGGUCUCAGGCUGAGGGGAGGGACUGUGAGAUGGGAAUACAGCUCUUAGGCCCAUCUCUAUUCUGAGUAAGACCUGACCCCUCAGUGACCACAGCCAAUACUCGGACCAUCCCUUGACCCAGGGCAGCCAUGCUCAUCCUGGUUCGUGACCGGUUUGAAAGGAGGAUGAGAUCAGCCCUGCAGAGCAGGAAUGUACCCCUGGCGCUGAUGUAAGCAUCUAGCAGGGCCCACAGUCUUGGACUCCCCUCAAGGAUCUGUUCCAAAAUUACUUUUUCUGCAUCGGUAGAAUCCAUCAGAAGGGCCCAGAGCUGCUCCCUCCCAGGUCCUCUUCCUUCUGCAGCACCCUACCCACUCAUGCUUGGCACAUGGAGCGAUGCCAUUCCCUUCUGCCCAUGGUCCCCACCAUCUGGCUCCAGCAUAUUUUAAAAGUCAAGGGAAAGAGCCAGGCAGAGUGGCACAAGCCUGUAAUCGCAGUGUUUGGGAUUCUAAGGCAAGAUGAUCUUGAGUUCCAGGCAACCCUGAGCUGUACUGGAAGACUAGCUCAAAACCAGCUCAGAGAGAGACAGAGAGAGAGAGAGAGACCGACCUCCGCCUUCCAAACACCCCUAAGAGAAGUGAAGCGAGUGGGUGCCGUGCUUCAGACAGGACAGACACCCUGUGCCCUGGGAACCUGCCUGUCCCACAUCCAUACUCCUCUCACGGGGCCUGCAGGCAAUUAGACAUUUGGUCUGAGAGACUCAUCAUCCAGGGUCUCACUGACCACCCGGGAUGUCCAUCCUUCCCUUCAUUAACAGAGUUUGUGCCAGGAAAGGGGCAAGUUCCACGUUUGUGGCGGGCAAGCAUUAAGUGGUACGGGGGGUUCUGGCUUCUCAGUGUCCCUCUGCCUGAAGUGGAACUCAUUCCAAACCCUGAACCCCUCAUUCUGUGCAAACAGGCAGCCAGACAGGAAGAAGGGUUUCAUGCCAAUAAUUUAUUGAACGGAGGUCUGUACACAGGCAAACCUUACUGUGGAAACUAAGACACCAGGGGCUCUCCCUACCCCCCUCCUUCCAGGAUGGGGAGGGGGAGGAAAGCCUUGGGAGCAGAGGACAAGAGGGGGGUACAGCUGAGGGGAGGGCAGGUUGGAUGGUGUGAAUCGACGUUUUCUUUAAGAAAAAAAUUAUAACAAUCUAUUUACACCCAGGGGGCCAGGGAAGGGAAAAGGAGAUGGGCUGGGCUGGUUCUAUUUACAAGGGACAUGGGGUAGGGGGAGUGGUAGCCUGGGGGAGGGGAGGAGACCAAGGGGGUAGGAGGUCCUCAUACCCCCAAACCCCGUCCUUCCUUCUCUUCCCUCCCCCACAAACAGUUAAAAUCCUCUUUAAAAAGCCCACCACAAAGGUGAGGCUGGUGAGGGAGGCCUAGAUGCUGGGGUAGUUCAUUUACCUCUGCCCUCUAGUCUAGGGGCCCAGCCAGGGCAGGAGCUUGAUGGGCUGUGGCCCCCUUCCCAGCCCCACUUGGGCCUUCCCAGAUGGACGUGGAGGGGUAGUCGUUGGGGCCCUCAGGAAGAGUUAGUGAGGGUAGGUGUGGCAUCGGGUGCCUGCCAGUCUUGGCCAGUCUGAUUCUCAGUUAAAGCUGAAGGAAGGAGAGGGAGGGGCAGUUGGCCUUUGCAUCGUGCCCCACGCCCACAAGAGAACAGCUUGCUUCAAAACACUAUUCAAGAAGCUGACAGCUGUCACUCUGGGUUCAGGGUUACAAACUCAGAUGCCAAAGGGCCAACAUGACACUAAAGUGGCUCACACCAAGGAGCCAGGCUCCAUGGAAGAAAAGGGGAGCGGCUGCAGUCAGGAGAGGCAGGCUCAUGGUUGCCGGGCCUGACCUUCUUCCCCCUUAAAAACAGGACAUCAGGUUCUUACCCAGAAUGGCCCAAUCUUCAAAUGUGGGUAACUUUUUGUUUAUUUGUUCAGACCAAAAAAUGUUUGGUCUUCCAGUUAGCAUUUAAACACAAAUGUGGGCAACACUGCCCUACAAAGCUGGUUGCUGACAUACUGUAAAAUAUGCCUUCUGUGCCAUCGGAUGUCAACAACUCCAAACCCACAGGAAAUGUUAAAAGCCAACAACAACCCUCACUUGACCCUUGGCACAGUGUUCCCCAGCUUACCUUGUGAGGAUGAGGUGAGGGCAGCAGGGCCUGCUGGGGACCUCAAGUGAGGAGGGAUGAGAAUGGCAUUGAGAGACGGUUGGAUGGACAGUUCUAGAGACAGGAAUUAACAUGGCCGGUCAGGGUUAGGAUGGGGACCAAACAAGGACCCCAGUUCCUGGCAAGGCCAGGUGGAAGAGACUUCAGCCACAGGACUCUUAGGUGGAAAAGUGGGAAAGGCCUAGCAUCCAGCUACAGUGUGGAGACAGCUGCUGAGCCAGGGCUACCUCGGACCCUCUCAGCCUCCCAGUCCUGUUCCAGCACCAAACCUCCACGUCAUCCCGAGCGUCUCCACUGACCCCAGGCUAUGCUCACCACCAGGACUGAAGUUGAAGAGGGGGGGAAGCGGGCGGUUGUUGGGGAGCUGGGUUCCGAGAAUCCGUAGUUCAUCAAAGAAGCUGUGGGCACAGGCCUCCAGUGGGGAGAGCCUUGAGGACGGCGUGUACUCCAGCAGGCUAGAGCAGAGUGCAAUGGCCUCAGGUGGCGUCCGAGAUUUGAAUACCUGUGGGUUAAUUCAGCGGGUAAGAGGUGCUGUGACACCCGUGUCGUGUGCCCUUCUGUGGCAGCCUGCUCUCCAAACCCCACCUCCCCAGUAAGGAGACAGACACAUGAGAUGGGCGCUGGCUCGGGGUCCAUGACUUGUGAAUCCUGGUGCGUAGUUGCCACCAUAUGAAUGGGAAUCUUGUAUUUACCUGAGUUCUCAACUUUUAAAAUUCUAUAAACAUCACAACCUCAAAGUGUU